AGGGAGGGGCUCUUAGAGGUACAGGUGAGACAGGUGGAUAUCUCAGCUACAACCUGUCUGGUCUCUACAUCAGAAACAGCGAACACACAAUCUCUGUAUAUUGACUGCAACACCUCACCAAGUGGCACAAUGAGUGCAGAUGGAAAAAAAGAACCCCCUCCCUACCUGAUACCAGUUGAAGGUCAGGGUGGUAGUGAUGUGAAGGUCUACCACGUGCACACCCCUUUCACUCACGCAUCGGAUACCUCGGCCUCCGCCUCGACAGUCAUACCAGUGUACACAAGUGGAGGAGGUAGCUUGGGUUCAGGCCUUGAAUCUGGAGAUGGCAAAAGAAAGUUUGUGAGCUACGACACACAGCUUGGGCGGAAUCCCGGCAUGACAACCUGCACUUCCUGCCAGCAGCAGGUCAUGACCAAUGUCACCUACAAAGCAGGGACGUACGCCUGGCUGAUGUGUUUACUCUUCAUCUGCUGUGGGUUAGUCCUGUGCUGCUGCCUGAUUCCAUUUUUCAUGAAAAACUUCAAGGAUGCAUACCACACAUGCCCGCGCUGCAACAGAGUCCUGUACGUUGACAAGAAACAAUGCUGUAAAUGACGAUGAUGAUGGCAGAAAUGGACCCAUAGAAAUGAGAAAUAACGUCCUGUUACCUUUGUCUGUGUUUGGGUUACCUGGUGAAAAACAAGCAGUUAUGUCAUUUUACAAAGCUGACAGAGAAAGGCCACAGUUCAAAUGUAUCUUAUUUCUAUGGACGAGCCAUUACGUUAGCCGAGGCAAAAUCAAACACAAAUGGCUUCCACGUUACAUCAAGUUAUUAGACUGGAAGUGAUUGUGUUGUCAGAGCUUAAAUAUCAUGUGCUCACUUUUUAGGCUCUUGCAAUUUACAUCAAAAACACCCUAAACACUUUUUGGGAGUUGUUAUAUUUUUGUCUCAUUUCCAGCAGAAAAACUCUCUAUUAUCCUACUCACAAACUUUUGCAUAUGAAAUGUUUAAAAUGAAGGCUUGUACAUAGACUUUAUCCAAUAUUUUAUGUUUCAAGGGACAUUGUACAUUUGAAACUUAAACAGAUGAGUUGUCCUUUUGAGGGGAUUGUCACAAUUUUUUAAUAAAUAAUAGCACUAUAAAACAACCCAAGCCACAAGCCAACACAUUACAUUAGGCCAGAGAUGAGAACAAAAAUUUGCAUAUUUUCAUGUCUGCACUAUAAAUUUGAGUUGACAUUGUUUUGUUGCACAUUUUUUAUUAGAAAUUACAUUUUCUACAAAAAAAUUGAGACCAUUUUCAACAUAUCUAUAUGUUGUCAGCCAUAAAAUUACUCUUCUAAUUAUUAUACAAAGGGAUAAAGGGCAAUCUGAGCGAGCUUGAAGUUCAAAGAGAAGCAUAUAUCAUGUACAACAGCAGCCAGCUGUAAAUGUAAUCUUGAAUUUUAUGUAGAUUAUUUUAAUCUUUACUGUUAGGUUUAUCCAUGUGUUUUUGUCACAAUGCAAAGGACAAUGCAAAAUUAAAGCAAUACUACACUAUGACGUGAUGUGUUCACUGACAGUCAGCUUUUGACAGCAUAAGUGUUGGUGGAGCCACUGAUCAGCCACUUUAAAUAAUAAAUGGUUUGAACAUUCAAAGUCCUGUUUUGAUCAUCCCAGAGAAAUGUGUUUGUGUCUCAUUUCUCUACUGUUACAACUUGUUGAAAAAAAGUAUUUCUGCUUCAUAAUAAAAAGCAGGAAAAAUGUUGUAGAUAGGGAUGUGAAUCCUCUUCAUCUCCUCUCACACUGUUCCCUGAAUGACACUGGAGUAUGCUUGGACCUCUGUUAUUUACUAUUAUUAACUAUUUUAUAACAUUAUUUCUCUAAUAAAAAUAGACCAUGUAGAUGAUA